AUGGACCCCUUCGUAGCCAACCGAGUAGCGGCUAUCCAGGAGUUGCUCCCGGCCGAUCAGUGGCAUUACGUGCCCACUUCUGACAAUCCAGCGGACUUGGCCACUCGUGGCAUCUCGCCGAUGGAGUUAUAUAACCAGCGACAGUGGUGGCGUGGUCCAACCUGGCUGGAAUCCCCAUACGACAGCUGGCCAGCAGACUAUCUUAGUGACCAAGACGUGGCUGAAGAACGUCGCUCACACGCAACUACCACAGAUACCGUCGCACUUGAAAACGACUUACUAGUGCGAUUCUCUUCGUUUUCCAAAUUAAUCCGUGUCUUGGCCUUCUGUCUUAGGUUCCUGCGCCUAGCAGUGCGGCCACCAACGAUCAAUCUUACUGUCAAUGAGCUGGAAUGCUGUCGGUUACGAUUACUACGCCUCGCUCAGCAACAGGACUUUGCUGAGGAGGGUCACGCUCUCAAUCGAGGAGGGCAAGUCUCACGCCGAUCACCCCUUUCGGCGCUACGACCUUUCUUGUGUCAAGGUGGACUAAUUCGAGUCGGCGGACGCUUGGAGCACUCAUCGCUAACCUUUGCCGAAAGGCACCCGAUCGUGCUCGCCAAGAGCAGCCACGUAGCACUACUACUAGUGCGAGACGCCCAUCAUCGGACACUUCACGGGGGACCACAGCUCACUCGCAGCGUCCUGGCUCGGCGUUACUGGAUAUUACAGGCCAACUCUCUGAUAAGGUCUGUACUCAAACAGUGUGUAAAAUGCGCUCGUUUCAGGGGCGCAUCCGCUCAACAACAAAUGGGACAGCUGCCGACCGACCGAGUGCGAGCUCAUCGCCCCUUCUGGUCCACUGGCGUAGACUAUGCGGGCCCAAUACAGCUCCGCACCUCUAAGGGUCGCGGACAGAAGAGCUACAAGGGCUACAUCUGCCUCUUCGUCUGCAUAGCCACGAGGGCGAUACACCUGGAAGCAGUGUCGGACCUCUCUGCUGGGUCGUUUCUGGCUGCAUUUCGGCGCUUUGUCGCUCGGCGAGGUCAUUGUGCGCGUCUCACCAGCGACAACGGAACUAACUUCCAAGGGGCAGAGCGGGAGCUGCGAGAGAUGUUCAGCGCCGCCUCAGACUUCUACGCAAACUGUAAGGUCCAACUGGCCCAAGACAGUACCGUCUGGAGUUUUAUUCCCCCUUCAGCCCCGAAUUUUGGCGGGCUGUGGGAGGCCGGAGUCAAGUCCACCAAAUUUCAUCCCAGACGGGUACUGGGCGACCAACUUUUAACUUUCGAAGAGUUGACAACUCUUCUUUGUCAGAUAGAGGCGUGCCUCAAUUCCAGGCCUCUCUACCCCCUGACUAGCGAUCCAUUAGACAAUACGGCGAUAACGCCAGGACACUUUCUCAUCGGGGAAAGUCCGAUCAACCCACCGGAACCACCCUGUCCUCAGGGUCUUCCUCACUCGGCCACUUCUCGGCACCGAUUAAUUACUAAUAUGCGUGAUCAUUUCUGGCACAGGUGGUCACGAGAGUACCUCCAGCAUCUUCAACAACUUGGCAAGUGGCGACGGCGCUCAUCCAAUCUCUCGAUUGGGGACUUGGUCCUCAUCAAGGACGACCUGCGGCCCCCCACGAAAUGGCCACUGGGGCGAAUCAUUCGGGUGCACCCAGGGGACGACGGACUGGUACGCGUGGUGACGGUGGAGACAGCCGCGUCGCAGCUCCGACGGCCGAUCUCCAAGAUCUGCCCUCUUCCGAUCAGACCGACGGAAGACGAGGCGAGGAAGGAGAAAUAGCUCUCCAUCUCACAAUGACUUUCCACGGCGGGCGGAUCUUCUCAAGAUCAGGAUAAAUCAAAGACAUUUGUAUGGCCAGACAAAGCAAUUCUAUUAUUAUUAAAACUGUACAGAGAAAGAGAGGAGGAUUUCUCAGGUGGUACAAAACGUACAAAUAAAAUUUGGACAGAAAUUUCAGUACAGAUGAAGGAGGCUAAUCCAAAAUACAUAGUAACUUCACAGCAAUGUGCCACAAAAAUGUCCGGCUUAAAAAGAACUUACAAAAAUAUCGUUGACCAGAAUAAGAAAAACGGUAAUCAUCGAAAUUCUUGGGUAUUUUUUUCGGUUAUGGAUUCGUUGUUCGGUGAUAAAGUUUCAAUCAAUCCACCUGCAAUUGCUACAAGUGAUGGUCCAUCGGAUCCAACUAAGAGCGGACCGUCAACGUCAUCGUCUAUAAUUUCUUCUCCUGAUUUGAAAAGUCCACCGAAAAAAAGAAAGAGAAUCGAAAAUAUUAUUGAAG